AUGUUGGAAUUAACUACCCCGAAGACUGUGCUAGUGAUCGGUGCGACUGGGAAGCAAGGCGGUGCUGUCAUUGAGAACAUCCUAGCUUCUCCUCAAGCGCAUUCCUUCAACAUCGUCGCGGUGACCCGCAAUGCGACGGGUCGAAAAGCUCAGAAGCUCGCUGCCCACCCUAACGUGUCGGUUAUUGAGGGAAACUUAGCAAAUGUAGACGACAUUUUUAAUAAAGCCGGGCCCGUAUGGGGAAUCUACAGCGUCCAGAUCAACUCGGACGUCGAAGAACAGCAAGGGAAGGCCAUGGCGGAUGCUGCCGUUAUGCAUGGCGCUCAGCAUUUCGUUUACUCGUCUGGAGACCGUGGUGGUCCUGAACGAUCGCCCAAUAAUCCCACCUACGUCAAAAACUUCGCUGCAAAGCACGCCAUUGAGAAGCAUCUUCAACAACGGGCCGAGAAGAGCCCCCAGCAAAUGACUUAUACAAUCCUUCGCCCGGUGACCUUCUUUGAGAACCUCACCACAGACCUUCACGGCAAAGGGUUUGCCCGUAUGUGGGAGCAACUAGGCAGCAAGAAGCUCCAGAUGGUAUCAACAAAGGAUAUCGGCUGGUUUGCAGCUCAGAGCUUUCUUCAGCCCGACAAGUACAGAAAUGCGGCCUUGACGCUCGUGGGCGAUGAGCUGACACAACCUGAGGCCAAUGUUAUUUACAAGGAAGUUACAGGACAGACUAUGGCCAUGGCAGCUUGCCCAAUCGCGAGUGCUGUCAAGUUUGUAUUAAAGGGGUCUGUAGGGGACAUGUUCAAGUGGUUUGAGGACGAAGGGUAUGGUGGUAAUGUACAGGAAUGCCGCAACGCCAACCAUAACAUGCAAGAUUUCGCUGCUUGGCUGAAUGAGAACAAAGGCAAUUUUAUGUAA